UGUUUAUAUUUAGCACAGACCCUUGGCCUUUCCUAAUUGCUUUUAAGCCCUGUUCUGAUAAGUUGCUUGAACUUGCCCCUAUUCAGCAGCUGGUAGGAGAGGUUAAGGACAUGGAGAUCAAGCCAUGGUGGGUCUUUCCUGAAAACUUGAACUUUCCUUUAGAAUUUUACAUAGAAGAGGAGCAGGAGGAGUUCAUCUUUGGCCGCCUGGACGCCAACCUCCACCGCAUCGAGAUGCACAGCCAAACCUUCAUUCAGCUGAAGACACAGUUCACUGCCACCGGCUUGACACACGUCCUUGUUGUCGGACCUUUGGAGGGGAGGCAGUGGCUGUUCCACAUAAUUCGGAGUAUUGGGAGCUGGGACUCCUCCAACCAGGCCCGAGGCCAAGAGAUGCUGCAGUGGGUCCAGAGUCAGCCCCUAACCACGCACGACCUGGCCUUCCCCCCACUUGCAGCAGCUCCGAGCUGUCUCUGCCCCACAAGGAGAGUGAAGACUGCCUCUCUUAGAACUUCUCGGGCUUGCCCUUACCAGUUGGUUGGUUGCUGCAGACACCACUAGAUUUCAACCUCAGUAGUAAAGGGUUGCUCUCCCCUGGACAGUUGAUGUGAGGGGAAGUUUUUGGCUUGGGCAUUGGUGAGAAAAGUGGGUGAAGAGAAUUGACACAAGGUUGAAUUUGUGGUCCAGUCUUGUCCCUUGAAGGCCU